GAGGCCCACUGUGCCUUCCAAUCGCCUCGCUCCCCGCCCCGCACACCCUCCCGCUCCCGGAGCCCCCGCCACAGUUUGGUACACGCUGGCCACGCCCCUCUCGGCGCUCUUGGUAUGCGCCGCGCUCCCCCCGCUCCCCGCAGUGGUUCGGCCGCGACGACCCCUCUUCGGCGGCGCGGCCCCCGCGCUUGGUACGGCCCAUCCCGUUUUCCCGAGAGCCGCCUACUCGCGCCCCUCAGUCGGUGGAGCCCGCAGCCCCCUGCGCGGCCCGUGGCAUCCGCACAGUCUGCUCGACCCGCGCCCGUCAUGGUCCGUCCGCGCCGCGCUCCGCACCGCUCCGGCGCUGGGGGCCCCCUCGGGGGUCGCGGCCGCCCCCCGCGGCCCCUCACGGUGCGCGCCGCCCGCUCACGCUCCUGGCCCGCCAGCCCCCGGGGCCCGCAGCCGCCGCGGAUCCGGGCCCGCUCGGCCCCUCCCAUGCAAGGUGCCCGGGUGUUCGGGGCCCUGGGCCCCAUCGGGCCCUCCUCGCCGGGGCUGGCCCUCGGGGGCCUGGCGGUGAGCGAGCACCGGCUCAGCAACAAGCUGCUGGCCUGGAGCGGCGUCCUCGAGUGGCAGGAGAAGCGCAGGCCCUUCUCUGACUCCAACGCGAAGCUGAAGCGGACCCUCCCCUGCCAGGCCUACGUGAACCAGGGCGAGAACCUGGAGACCGACCAGUGGCCACAGAAGCUGAUCAUGCAGCUGAUCCCGCAGCAGCUGCUGACCACCCUGGGCCCCCUGUUCCGCAACUCGCAGCUGGCGCAGUUCCACUUCACCAACCGGGACUGCGACUCCCUCAAGGGGCUCUGCCGCGUCAUGGGCAACGGCUUCGCGGGCUGCAUGCUCUUCCCCCACAUCUCCCCCUGUGAGGUGCGCGUGCUCAUGCUCCUGUACUCGUCCAAGAAGAAGAUCUUCAUGGGCCUCAUCCCCUACGACCAGAGCGGCUUCGUCAACGCCAUCCGGCAGGUCAUCACCACCCGCAAGCAGGCAGUGGGACCCGGUGGUGUCGCGGGCCCAGUGCAGAUUGUCAACAACAAGUUCCUGGCGUGGAGCGGAGUCAUGGAGUGGCAGGAGCCCAGGCCUGAGCCCAACAGUCGGUCUAAGAGGUGGCUGCCGUCGCACGUCUACGUGAACCAGGGCGAGAUCCUGAGGACGGAGCAGUGGCCGAGGAAGCUGUACAUGCAGCUCAUCCCGCAGCAGCUGCUCACCACCCUGGUGCCGCUGUUCCGGAACUCCCGCCUGGUGCAGUUCCACUUCACCAAGGACCUGGAGACGCUGAAGAGCCUGUGCCGGAUCAUGGACAACGGCUUUGCCGGCUGCGUGCACUUUCCCUACAAGGCCUCGUGCGAGGUGCGCGUGCUCAUGCUGCUGUACUCCUCGGAGAAGAAGAUCUUCAUCGGCCUCAUCCCCCACGACCAGAGCAACUUCGUCAACGGCAUCCGGCGUGUCAUUGCCAACCAGCAGCAGGUCCUGCAGCGGAACCUGGAGCAGGAGCAGCAGCAGCGAGGGAUGGGGGGGUAGUGGCCCCCCUGGCCUGGGCCCCUCUAGGAGUCACAGACGAGGCCCCCGGUGACACUGGUCGGAUGCUUCUGAGCAGGGCGCUUGGAGACCGCAGCUGCCCCCCGAGACGGCGGACAGCGCCCUGAGACGUCUCCGAGGACAGUGCCAUCCAUGUACGUUUCCCCAAUAAAGUCUUUUAAAAGCC